AGGACAUGUUUAAUCAAUGAAAUCUAUUUUUAGAAGCGGGCACCUAUCUAGAUUUCUCAUUUAAGACGAACAUAAAAAUGGAUUUCUUUGAUGAGACAGAUGUUUCCGAGUGGACUUGUCGAGUACUAUAAGAAGCAUAUUUCACAAUAUGGAUCUCUCAAAAAGAUUCUUUAUGAUAUAAACAUAAAGCUCAAACAGAUUGUAGCUGACUCUGACUCUAAUUCAAUGCAUGGAGAGACGUCACAGUACAUUAUUGAUAAUUGGAAGAAUAUGCAGAAUGAUGAGCCAAAGACUAAUCAUAAACAGAAUGAAAACUUUAAGAUAUCCGAUAUAGACCUAAACAUCUUUUCUACUGAGACUGGUGAAACUGAGUUGUUGAAUCCUGUGCAAAAAUAUUUAAAAAACCUGUCAUGUUUAGGAAUUAUACAUAUUAGUACAAAAGUUUGCAGACCCGAAUGGAUCAAAUCUAAAAAUUGGGAUUAUUUAUAA